CUUUACAGUUAAUUGCUUUUAAUUCGGCAUAUUAUGCAAGCAUCCAUUUGUCUGCACAACAACAUUAGCGUCAAGUCAAAAAUGCAGUUGCCUUUAGUGUUGGCAUUGCUUUUUGUUGCAUGCUUAACAGUCUUGUCCGGCUACUUGCCGUGCUCAGAGGCUGCAUCAACCGAACGACCUUACCAAUUUGGUUUCACAAUCGAGAAGCAGCAGCAUCGUCAAGAGAAAAAAGAUGAGCGCGGUAUCGUUAUGGGUGAAUUUGGCUUCAUAACCGCCGAUGGCAUUUAUCACGUAACAGUCUAUGCAACCGAUGAGGAAGGCAAAUUUCGCAUAUUAGCUAUGCGUAGUUAUCCCUACGAGGAGCAUCCAAAGACAAUCGACAUGAUUGUACGACCAAAGGCUAAGCCAACUAUAUCAAAAGCCAUAGCACCGCCAACGACCACCACCACAACAACAGAGCGUGCAAAACCGAAACCAAUUGAGAAGCACAACUUCAGCGUUCAAGGUUGUUCGGGCUGUUUUCUGAAAAACAACAUACCGACCACAACAACGACAUCAACUCAGAAACCUCAAGAUAAGAAAUAUGAAAUAAGAACCUUGUCAAGGCCUCUGGGUCCCGAAAAAGGUCCGCAAAUUGGUUUUGUACCGCCCAGCAAUACUAUUAGCAGCAACACAGCAAAGGCAGCGACAGCAGGCACAUUCGGGGGUGCGAACUCACAGAAAGGUCCUGGGAAAACAGGCACGAACGCGUUACCAAAAUCACCCAGCGCGCCAUCUGCUGGCGCAACUGGCUCAACAAAUGGCUUUACAACGCCGAAAAAACAACUAACGGCACCAGCAAUUUCUGUUGGCAGCACUGGUGGUGCAAGUCGUUCUAAUACCAAUGCAGGCAUCGGUGGUGAAACACCUAGUAACGGUGGACUCAGCGGCAAUGCGGGAAUUAGUAAAAGUGGCGGAAAUGGCAGCAAAGGUGGCAGUUCGGGCGGUUUUACGAGCGGUUCGAAAGGUGCCAGCGCUGCUGGCGAAACUGGCGAUUUGUAUCGCUUCAAGUACAACCUCGAUUAUAAUGGGCAUCGGGAGACCGGUGCGCACAAUGGCAACAAGGAGGGCAGCUUCUACGCCAUCGGCGAUGAUAAUGUGGAACGCACCAUUGAAUAUAUCGCCAAUGAGUUUGGCUAUCAGCCGCAUGUUCGCUUCCGCAAAUUGGACGCACCAGUGCAGGCCAAAGAAAAUAAGUUGAAAGAUUACGAAUUCGUGUGGUUCAAAAAGGAAUAAUUACUAUGAUAGAAAUUAUGUAUGUAGGUAUGUGCAAUGUUU